UUGUGUUUAUCCAGUAAAAGCCCAUCAUCUGACUUGGGGUCUGGGCAUGAAAAGAGGCCACUACCGUUGCUUUUAAAAAUAAAAAUGGGUAGGAGAUCUUGAAUUUUUAGAACCAUCUUUCAUCGAAUGGUAUCAUUUCAAAGAUAAAGUGAGAGUAAAGAAGAAAGAAAAAAAUUCUAAUACCUGCAGUUAUGUUUGGGAAUAAACAAGAAGAAGGGAGAGCAAAUCAAAGCCGACUUUCUUCCAGAAACAUAGGAAAAUAAAGGGUUACAACCAUCUUCUGAAACUUUGAAGAGGAAAAGGAGAAUCUUCUGGUGGGCUCUCCCUGCCGCCCACCGCUUCCUCCUUCCCGAAGCGGGCGUGGCGAAGUUCAGCACCUCGGAAAGCGCCCCCUCAACUCGCGCGGGGGUUUACGCAUGCUCCCUGGGAGCCCGCAGCCUAGGUUUUGCGGGUGCGAGUAGAAUUCCGGUGACAGCGGCUGGCAACUCACUGGGAGCUGACAACAGCGGAGAGGUGGAGGCGCAAGGCUGGGAAGAUGACUUCGAAAGACCUCCGGAGAGUCAGAGCGAGAUAGAUGGAACUCCCCUCUCUUUUUCCUCUCAAAGGGCAGAAACCUCGUCCGAGCUGCAGCAGCAAAGGAAACCGACAAAGAGAAGGAGCGGGCCCCCAAUAGAGGUCCUGAGGGGCAGGGUGGGUAUAGGCUAGUGCCCAACAAACGCGGUGCGGGAACGUCUGGAUCGUACAGCAAGGAUCUUCCGACCUCAGCCAGAGAACCCUUGGACGCCCACCGCUCGCCUUCGGAGCUGCGCUGCUCGGUUCUAGAACUCCGCUCCAGAACAGACGCGGAGACCAACUCUCGCGCCCCAACGCCGCCGCGGGCCAGAGAAGCUUUUGGCACCCAGUACCCAAGAGCCACGUGCAACUGCUUCCUUGAAAGCUCCCACGAACGCCCUGCGCCCUCGCGGGGACAGAACCCCCAGUGCGUUGGACUCGCUUAGGUCUUGAAGUCCUCCUGGAACAUGACCUAGAGGCACCUGUGCUUGCAGGUAGUCGCUGCAGCCACGACAGUCACCAUGAAGAAGGCAGCUGGCAGAGACGAGCUCGCAGAACUCUUCAGUAUGAUCCCGUACUUUCUGCAGGCGGCCAACACCAGCGGCAACGCGUCGCUGCGGCUUCAGGACUUGUGGUGGGAUCUGGGGCUAGAGCUGCCUGACGGCGCGGCGCCGGGGCAUCCGCCGGGCACCGGCGGGACAGAAAGUGCAGACACCGAGGCCCGGGUGCGGGUCCUCAUCAGCGUGGUGUACUGGGUGGUUUGCGCGUUGGGCCUGACCGGCAACCUGCUGGUGCUCUACCUGAUGAAGAGUAAGCAGGGAUGGCGCAAGUCCUCCAUCAACCUCUUCGUCACCAACCUGGCGCUGACAGACUUUCAAUUCGUACUCACCCUGCCCUUCUGGGCGGUGGAAAACGCUCUGGACUUCAAAUGGCCCUUCGGCAAGGCCAUGUGUAAGAUCGUAUCCAUAGUGACGUCCAUGAACAUGUACGCCAGCGUCUUCUUCCUCACCUCCAUGAGCGUGGCGCGCUACCACUCGGUGGCCUCGGCUCUUAAGAGCCACAGGACCCGAAGGCACGGCCGGUGCGACUGCUGCGGCAAAAGCCUGGGGGGCAGCUGCUGCUUCUCAGCCAAAGCACUGUGCGUAUUGAUCUGGGCCUCCGCCGCGCUGGCCUCGUUGCCCAAUGCCAUCUUCUCCACCACUAUCAAGGUGAUGGGCGAGGAGCUGUGCCUGGUGCGCUUCCCAGACAAGUUGCUGGGCGGCGACAGACAGUUCUGGCUGGGCCUCUACCACUUGCAGAAGGUGCUGCUAGGCUUCGUGCUGCCCUUGUGUAUCAUCAGCCUGUGCUAUCUGCUGCUGGUGCGCUUCAUCUCCGAUCGCCGAGUGGCAGGGACCGAAGGAGGAGCCUCGGCUGCCCGGGGCAGCCUGGCCGCAGCCAGCGCCCGGAGACGGUCCAAAGUCACCAAAUCAGUGACCAUCGUGGUCCUAUCAUUCUUCCUGUGUUGGCUGCCCAACCAGGCGCUCACCACCUGGAGCAUCCUCAUCAAGUUCAACGCGGUGCCCUUCAGCCAAGAGUAUUUCCUAUGCCAGGUAUACGCGUUCCCGGUAAGCGUGUGCCUGGCUCAUUCCAACAGCUGUCUCAACCCCAUCCUCUACUGCCUCGUGCGCCGCGAGUUCCGCAAAGCGCUCAAGAGUCUGCUGUGGCGCAUCGCGUCGCCCUCUUUCACCAGCAUGCGCCCUUUCACCGCCACCACCAAGCCAGAGCCCGAAGAUCAGGGGCUGCAGGCCCUGGCACCUCUCCACCCGACCGCGGAGCCAGACCUGGUCUACUACCCGCCUGGCGUGGUGGUCUACAGUGGGGGGCGCUACGAUCUGCUGCCCAGCAGCUCCGCCUACUGACUCAGCCCAGGGUGCGCCGUCACCGCAAAGUGGCCUUCCCCGGGUGGGGAAAGAGGAGAGCGGAUUAGGAGAUGCUGGGCGCCCGCCGGAUCGAGAGGUAGGAGGGACGAGGAUAGGGAGGGGCGCAAGGGAGACGCCACUGAGAAGACGAGGGGGCGGUCUCCGGAGAGGGAAGGCUUCCUGACAGGGUGGAGAGAGGAAGCUGGCAAAGGGGCCCGGGUCAGCAUCGCAGAGCCAAGCCACCAGCCCGCGUCCCCCUUCUCUCCCCCCACACCACUUCCUCUCCUUAGGCUGUCAACACUGGGCAGGGUAGGGGCGCCCAGAAGCGGAGAAAGGACUCAGGAAUGUAAAGAAAUUGGGGCGCGAGGAAGUGGGGCUCAGCCAAGUGGUGCGCAGGCAAUUGAGCGCAUUUAUUCCAGCGACUUUUAUGGAGCUCUUGAAAGGGUCCUAGCGGCGCGUCCAACUGGGGGAGCCUCCCACAAAAACCUUUCCUUCGCGCCUUGGCAGGCGAGACCGCCGCAGUGCCGUCUGACUUGCGGCGUGGCUGCGCAGAGAGCCCGGUUUGGGAAUAAGAAACUUUUUCGGAGUUGGAAGAAAGUAGCGACAGUCUUGAUCCGCAUUCAAGAGAAAUGCACCUCGAGAGAGAGGCAUCUCCCGUGAGGCCAUUGUAUCAUUUACCAUCGCGGACAGGGGGAGUGGGUACGCGGGAGCCGGGCCGCGACUCUGUGCUCAGCUGUCACCUGAGACAAAACACUUGCCCGCAAACGCCGCGAGCGAUUCGCUGGAGAGUGGCGUCCCUGAGGGAGGGAGCAGAUGCAUUGUGAUUAGAGGGACUGAACUGAGACCUUUUCAGGCUCUCGCCUCUGAAGGAAAAGGGAAGCUCACGUGCUCCCUUAGUAACCUAGCAGGAAGAGAGGGCGCCGGGUGCCGGAAGCCUGGACUUCCCAGUUCCCUGGGGAGCGGCGUGGGUACUGGAAACGCUGUGUGCUCCUUUCUGCGCGCGGCAGGUGAGCUGUGCCCUGGAGCAACUUGAAAAGGUCUGAGUAGACACGCUACUGGGCGUGGGGACUUUUCUGUAGCCUCUCCUCCUUCACUCUUUGGAACUCCGGGUGCCCGUUUGAUAGAGGCUCUACCAGCCUGUAGAAGGGUGGGCUUCUGUAGGCUCAGGACAGAAAACUAAAAGAUACUGUAGAAAUGGGGGAGCAGGGGGGGGGGGGGUAAGGGAGACUUCUGGAAACCAAACUCCUAGAACCAGAUUUCAACAGGAGGCGUGGGGUGGGAAAGGGAAUGCAAGACUCGAGUAAAAUCUAUCCCAAAGGGAAGAGAGUACAGAGAGCCUAUUCUGAGGGGAUCAUCACAAUUUCUGCUGAGGGGUUCUCUCUUUCUCAUAAUAUUGAGAAGACAAGGUGGGGAGUAAGACUUUCCACAGGAUACUGUGGGACUUCAAAUGGCUCUUUGGCCAAGUUCCAUUCAUUCUAAGGAAUACUCUGCAUGGUGAGCGUGAAUUACAAACUCUUCCUUAACCACCAGGCAGUCUAUGGGACCAUCUCUGAAGAAUGACACGUUUCUUAAGACAAUUCUGUCCUGGUCAUAGCAAUUUAGUCCUUUCUUGAGGCUGCUUAGAGAAUAGGGAUCAGACAUCAGCCUACCCAUCCAACUGCCAGUUUGGACAGAGGUGCUACUGUUCUCUUUGGGUGAUCUAGUUUGGGAUUAAAAAAAAAAAGCAAACCUGGCAACUUGGGCAUCUAUUGUUGUGGUUCUUUCGCAAUAAAUAAUCUUUAUACAAACAUGUCUGCUUAAAUAGCCUCUCAAACUGUAAAUCUUUUAGUACUUUUGUUGGAAAUGUCCUGUAUUGUCUGAGAUUUCAGGCUCAGUGUGAACACCUGCAGCCCUAGCAUCCCUUGUCCUGCAUUCUGUAACACAACGCAGUGUAAUUACUAAGCAUUCAUAACUUUGCCACAAAAACGAAAGCUUCCCGAUCUCCUCAAUCCUGAGCAGUCCUGAGAAGUUAGCUUUUUAGAAAACCGAAUAAUGCUUUUGUUUUAAAGUAGUCAAAUAGGGAUGCCUGGUUGGCUCAGUUGGUAGAGCAUGUGACUCUUGAUCUCUGGGUUGUUAAGUUCAAGCCCCACCUUGGGUGUAGUCUACUUAAAUAAAUAAAUAAAUAAUAAAUAAAUAAAUAAAUAAAUAAAGUUGUCAAAUUAGUCUAUCUUUGCUCUUUAGGAAGAAAAAAAUAUUGAUACUGAUAUCGAAUAGCAAUUGGGCUAAUAAAAACUGAACGGCAAUCCCCUCCGAGUCCCCAAAAACAAAAUAACCAAGCAAGAAACACCCAGAAAGAACAAACAGUAGUAGCAUGGCAGUGUAUCCAUGUAUAAUGUUGAUAUUAGCCUCUCAUGGAGAGAUUCUCUUUGUGACAGGAACUUGCCAUUUCAAUUUUGAGAAUAAGAUACUGGGUUGGUUCAGGUUUUUAGGGAAGUAUGUUGAAGGGUGUGCUUCUGCCAUGAUGGGCCCUAGAAAAACAGAAGGGGCUAAGGGCACGGCCUUCAUGAAAGAACUUUGUGAAAAGAAUCCACUUGUCCCCAUCCAAACUUGAGGGCUUCUGAGAACAUGGCUAGAGAGAGCCAAGACUAUGACUUCUGUUUACCACAAAGACAAAAAAAUAAACCAGGAAAUGGCCAAAUUUAUUUUAUUUUUUUGAAUGCCAGUUGUGUGCCAAGCCCUGUACUGGGUGCUGAGAUUACACACAUCAACUAGACACAUUACCGACUUGUAUAUUUAGGAGACACAGCCAUGUACACAAGGCAACUAGGUCAUGGAACAGUGAGUUGAAUGUCAUAAUAAGGCUAAAAGAAAGUGCUAUGGUAAUACAGGGGGCAGAAAGCUUGGUUCUGCUGGAGGAUAAGAGACUUCCUUAUCAAAAUAGUAUAUGAGAUGGACCUAGAAAUAAGGGUACAAGUUAAAUGGGCAGGGAUGGCGAUUUAGACAGGUAGUGGGGACACAGGACAUUUGCAGCUGAGGGAAAGCAGUGAUUAAAGGUUUGAGGUUGGAAUGUCAGUUGCAUGGUGCGGGAAGCAGCAGACAAAGCAGUUUGGCUUUCCUUUCUCCUACAGGAUUUCCUGGGAUUUCUGAUCUGAAUUUAGGUGUCCCUGCAUUUGCUUUAUUUGUCUGGGGAUAGAACAUUACUGUCAGACAGAAACAAGAGAACAAGUAUACUGAGAACAAGUACUUGAGUGCCUAAAAGUGGUUAGAGGCUUUUAAAAUUGGAUUCUAUCCACUCAUUCAAACCUGAGUGGAGUCGAGUUAAGAGAGCAGAGUGUUUGAAUAUCCAAGUGUGUGUGUGAAUGCAUGUGUGUGAGGGGAUUUAGGGGUGGUGGUGAAUGCAUGCCCCAGCUCCUUUCUUCAUCCCAGCAGCCCAUCCAGUCCUUCAGCUGAAAAGAGCUUCCCUUGCCCUGUGCUUGGCCAGAGAUGACUACUUUUAACUUCUUGGGGUCCAGGUAAGAUGGUCCUUAACUGCAGGUCCUUCCUACCUCACCCAUUCAUUGAUUUCAAAAUCUUCAAUCACCAGAACAGUCCUUGGAGAAAUGAUCAGGAAAUAAACAUUGAAGUCUGCAAAUAGUUCUACUUUUAAACUUUGCAGACACCAAGGACAGGUGAAUU